AUGCAUCAGCGCGACCGCCAGUCCCGCAUACACCUUGCUUCCCCAGAGAAACCUUCGCCUAGGUCAAGCUCAACCAUCACCCGCUCCUCCUCCCCAUCCUCGAUAGGCUCCUACUCUGACCUCGCCCUCGUCGACCCUCGAGAUGCAAAGCAUUUGCAACAGCAGCCAAAGUCCGUCGUCCUCGGCGUAUGUGCGAUGGAUAUCAAGGCUCGCAGCAAGGCCAUGAGAGAAAUACUCACAAGGCUUGUUGAACGCGCCCGUGGUGCGAUUGAUGUCAAGGUUUUUGGUGAUAAAGUGAUACUGGACGAAGACGUUGAAAAUUGGCCCCGUUGCGACGUCCUUAUCUCCUUCUUUUCCACCGACUUCCCCCUCGACAAGGCCAUAUCUUAUGUGAGACUGCGGAAGCCUUUCUGUAUCAAUGAUCUCCCGCCUCAGGCGUUACUUUGGGAUCGUCGGCUCGUCGGCGCCAUUCUUGACCAUCUUGGAGUUCCGACACCUAGACGUCUCGAGGUUUCAAGGGAUGGGGGGCCUAAGGUCGAACCCGAACUCGUCCGAGUCAUGAAGGAAAAGUUGAACAUCACUUUGGGAGGUUUCUACGUCACCCCUGAAGUGGUGCUUCGCGAAGGUGGCAAUGCUAUCAUCGUUGACGGUGUCACUAUGGAAAAACCUUUUGUUGAGAAACCUGUCAGCGGUGAAGAUCACAACGUAUACAUCUACUUUCGUGGUGGUGGGGGUCGCCGGUUGUUCAGAAAGGUCGGAAAUAAAUCGAGCGAACUCGAUCCUACCCUAAACCACCCACGGACAGACGGAUCGUACAUUUACGAGCAGUUCAUCGACGUUGACAAUUCGGAGGAUAUCAAAGUCUACACUGUUGGACGGGAGUACACGCACGCAGAGACCCGCAAGUCGCCUGUCGUUGAUGGUGUCGUCCGACGUAAUACAGAAGGAAAAGAAAUUCGAUUCAUUACCAGACUGACAGAAGAAGAAAAAUCCUGGGCCGACAAGAUCUGCGAAGGCUUUGGGCAGCGCGUCUGUGGAUUCGACAUGCUUCGUUGUGAGAACGGGCGGAAGAGCCAAGUGAUCGAUGUAAACGGAUGGAGUUUUGUGAAAGGGAAUGAAACAUAUUAUGAUAAGGCAGCGGACAUCCUGGCUGCAUUGUGCAUGCGGGUCUCGUCAUCAAUUGCAAGGCCACUGCCAGCGACACAGACUGAAGCCCAAGAGUCACCUACUUGGCGGCUCAAGGCGAAUGUCACCGUGUUUCGUCAUGCUGAUCGUACACCUAAGCAAAAGUUGAAAUUUAACUUCCCCAUCGGCGAACCAUGGACUCAGCCUUUCGUCACUUUGCUAAACGGUGAAACAGAGGAAAUCAUAUUACGCGAAAAAGAGCAAUUGACUUGGAUUGCAACCGCUAUCGAGGAAGCACGGAGCCUUGGAGCAGAUGGAGAGGAACUGAAUAAACUAACGCAACUUAGCAAUGCUCUUUUCAGCAAAAUUGACCUUCCUGGCACCAAGGCUCAGCUCAAGCCAGUAUACUCUAAACGACAGCUCGGCCAAACGCGAAAGCUUACCAAAUUGACAUUAGUAUUUAAAUGGGGCGGAGAGUUCACUCACUCAGCUCGCUACCAAUCCAGAGAUCUUGGCGAAAAUAUGAAGAAGGACAUCUCUAUCAUGAAUAAAGAGGUUUUACAUAACGUCAAGAUCUUUACUUCGUCUGAGAGGCGUGUCAUUGCUUCUGCCGAAAUCUUCGCAGCCGCACUGCUCGAUCCUCAGCAUCCAAGCUAUUCGGCACCGUCCUCGAGCUCUACUCGGAAUGGGGAUAACAAAAAUAAUGGCUUCAUCAAUAAGAACCUGCCACAGCAGCACCAUCAGCAACCUGACCCGACGCCCCUCAAGCUGAUCGUUCGAAAGGACCUUCUAGAUGACUCGAAUGCAGCGAAGGAUCUCAUGGACGACGUCAAGAAACGAUUAAAGAUCCUACUGCGGCCUGGUGAAUCAGAAAAGCGUCCAGAACUAACGUGGCCAAAGAGCAUGAAAAAAGAGCCAGUAGAGGUGGUCAAGGAAGUCAUAGAACUAAUGAGUUCGUUUAGAGAUAUCAUGCGCCGCAACUUUGAGACAUUGGAUGUCGAUAAAAUACAAGAUCGAUGGUGUUGUGAGGAUGAACCAUGGCUCUUUCGUGAACGAUGGGAGAAACUUUUCGAGGACUUUUGUGACGUAGAGCAAAAGAAAUUCGACCCCUCACGGGUUUCGGAACUAUACGACACAAUCAAGUACUGCGCCUUACACCAUAGAACUUUCCUCUUUGCUAUCUUUGAUGAGCAUGGCCGCACCGAUCCUCAGCAAUCUCACGAUCGCAAAAUCCACGAACUCUACGGUCGUGCUAAGGCUCUUUUUGAUUUGGUCGCCCCUCAAGAAUAUGGCAUUGAUCCUGAUGAGAAGGAGGAAAUCGGCGUCCUUACGUCGCUUCCGCUCCUCCGUAACGUUGUGUCGGACCUCGAGGCCGCUCGAAAUAACGGAGAGAGUUCGUUGACUCUUUACUUCACCAAGGAAAGUCACAUACACACCUUGGUCAAUCUUGUCCUACUAUCUGGACUGCCGAUUGCAAAUCGGCGCAUCCCUGAGUUGGAUUACGCUUCUCAUAUUACAUUUGAACUGUAUGAACGGAACCAUGGGCGAGGAAACUCAGACAAGGAAUAUUCCAUCAAGCUUUCAUUGAGUGAAGGCGCCCACUCAUCCAAUGUCCUGGACUCCACGUUAGACGCCCGACAUUCACUGAACGUGCAACCUCGCAGGAAAUUGACUCAACAUCUACCCUACAGCACUGUUAUAGAGAAACUUUCAAAGCACUUUGAUAGAUUGACUGAUGAGGACGAUAAUGGUCUUGAAGGACCAUUUGAGACGAUCGAAACACCUUUGACGAUAUCACCCGUUGGGAAUGUCGAGGAGACAUAA